CAAAACCAAUCCACCAAUGAGAAGAGCCCAAACCUACGACUUUACUUCCGGGUUCCUGCACGUCCUGUGGUUCCAGCUGGGCUCCGUCUAAUAACAGUUGCCACAACUUGAUGAUUGUGCGACAGUUCACCGGUCGAGCCGUGAUCACCUCCCACCUGAAUGCUCACCUGAGAAAACCCUGGGCCAGCCGAGACAUGGCCAGACCCAGUUCAGACCUGGCUGCGUUCAGGGAGAUUUUCUCCAAAGCCAAGAAGGUCGCCAUCCUGACCGGAGCGGGGGUGAGUGCUGAGAGUGGAGUGCCCACCUUCAGAGGAGCAGGGGGCUACUGGAGGAAAUGGCAAGCACAGGAACUCGCCACCCCGGAGGCCUUCUCUCGGAAUCCCUCUCGUGUUUGGGAGUUUUAUCACUACCGCCGCGAGGUCAUGCUCACAAAGAAUCCCAACCCCGCCCACCUGGCCAUCAGCGAGUGUGAGCAGCGCCUCACACAGCAGGGGAGAGAAGUCACUGUCAUCACCCAGAACAUCGACGAGCUGCAUCGCCGCUCUGGAUCCCAAAACAUCCUGGAGCUCCACGGUAGUCUGUUCAGAACCCGCUGUAUGAGCUGUGGUCACGAAGCAGCUAAUUACAAGAGCCCCAUCUGUGCGGCGCUGGCGGGGAAAGGAGCUCCUGACCCAGAAACACACGACGCCCAGAUCCCAGUUCUACAGCUGCCCAGGUGUGAGCAGACAGGUUGUCACGGUCUCCUGAGACCAGCUGUGGUUUGGUUUGGAGAAACACUCGACUCUGACGUCCUCAGCCGGGCAGAGAAAGUGCUGGACAGCUGUGACCUGUGUCUCGUGGUUGGUACCUCGUCCAUCGUGUAUCCAGCGGCCAUGUUUGCUCCUCAGGUGGCGGCCCGCGGCGUCCCCGUGGCCGAGUUCAACAUGGAGGACACGCCGGCCACCAUGCGCUUCAAGUUCCACUUCCACGGCCCCUGUGGGAGCACGCUACCCGCCGCACUCACACGCCACGAGAUGGAGCCGCAUUGAGAGUGGAGGGGGGGACACCGCAGGACCUGAUUGGUCCAACGUGUGGAGAUGGACAUGUGAAGAUAAGAAGAGGUCAAGAAAUCUGUAGAAGAAAGAUGUUUGAUUUAAGCUGCCACAGAAAUGAGAUGUGCAAUAAAGUGUGAGUUAGUUACACCUUCAGAUGCUUUUAUGAAUUCAUCAGGAAAUGACAAGAGAAACUGCUGUAGCUUUAAAUUUCAAAUCAAUUAUUGGACUUUUAAUUGUUGAACUUUAUUUCAAGAAGUUGAAGCAAAUUGUUUCCCUCCUCCAGCAGAUUGAAUGUCAGCCAGUAGGGGGCAGUGUUUAGCUGCUGCUGCUCACAGGGUCCGUGGGAGUUUCAGUUGAUUCGAGUUCUGGAGCUUUACUCAGCUUCAGUUAAACCAGUGGAACCAGUGACCGAGCUUCUCUGCCAGUCACAAGGAAAAUGGUUUUAAUUUGGAAUGUUUUGUCUCAUGUAUGUAACGUGAUUGGAGCAGUUCUGCUGAUGGGACUUGAAAUAAAUGAAAAUUCAUAACCUGAA